AUGAGCCCUUAUCAGAUGAUUUUAUCAUAUCGUUGCAAGAGGGGUUGGGAUGUUGGAUACAAAGUAUCGUACACCCCCAACACAUGGACAUUGGACUCGUUUGAAAUUGGCCAUCACCUUGGGAGGGGUGGGUUUGGACAUGUCUACAUGGCUCGAACCAAAGAGGCUCCCAAGUUUAUUCUUGCCCUGAAAUGCCUGUACAAGGCUGAACUGAAAGAGGAACAUGCCAAGGAGAAAUUGUGUCAUAUUUUCAAGCGCCUUACAACACUUGGACAUUUCUCAGAAGAGCAGGGAAGUCAAUACAUUUCUCAGGUGGUGGCUGCAUUGCAAUAUCUACAUAGCAAGCAUGUCAUCCACCAUGAUAUCAAGCCUGAAAAUCUUCUCCUUGGUCUUGAUGGAGAGGUGAAGAUAGCCGAUUUUGGAUGUAAUGUCCAAGUAAACAGUAAUCGCCGGAUGACAUUCUGCAGCACUCUCGAUUACAUGGCCCCUGAAAUGGUUGCAGGGGAACCCUGCACGGAGAAAGUGGAUCACUGGGCACUGGGUGUCCUUGCUUAUGAGUUUCUUGUUGGCAAUGUACCCUUCGAAGCGAAUACAACAUGCCAACGAAUUGUGUCGGUGGACUUGGAACUUCCCAGUCACAUUUCCCCAGAAGCUUGUGACUUCAUCGAACUUCUGCUGCACAGAGAGCCUGAGAGGAGGCCUCUUCUUAGCGAUGCAGCGAGUCACCCUUGGAUAACAGGUGAUCGUUUUUCACCAGAACUUUAA